GGCGUGGCUUGGUUGUGUUUUCUGCAAGUGCUGCUGUCAGUGGAGCGGUUCGGUAUAGGCCCUUUUCACAUGACGUCACGCAACUUCCGUUCUGACCCAAAGCAGUGUAUGUUUACUUCCGCCAGCAUAGUGGAACGCUAUGGAGUUUACCCAGUCCCUUCGACACCUGCCAAAAAUACAUCUAGAUGAUGUACAGCGACUUGCAGACAAAUUUUCACUUACAACACGUUCCAAACUUGACAAAGUAUACAAAUUCUUCAUUGAGCAGUACCUGUUUGCGUAUGAAGGUUACAUUUCAUGCUAAAGAGGUUCCUGUGGUACUGAAAUGCAUGUCAUGUACCUGCUCUGCUGGGAAAGCACUGUGCAACCACAUUGUGGCAUUAUUGUUUCAAAGUGCUCACUACUGUACCAUGGGCUUCAAGACAGUGCCAUUGCCACUGUCAUGCACCAGCUCACUGCAGACCUGGCACCGGCCAAGUACACAUGGAAUUGCUCCUGAGGCAACAAAUGACAUGGUAGUGUGUAAACCAGUACCGAAGUCCAAGGAUCAUGCCCGAACUGGUGUGAAAUGUACACUGUACAGAGCAUAUGGUGGUCCUCUUCCAGAUCCUCACAUCCUUGCCAGUGUUGAGAAACUGCAAGACAAACGCCCACAACCAGGCAUUUGCAAAUUGCUCCACGGGCUUGAGGCCCUUAAUUUUGUGGACUCUAAAUUUGGCCCGGUGCCAUUUGGGUCUUUGCUCUCUUACCAGUGCCCUCCUGAGAUAAGUAGAGACAUUAUUAAACACCCUGGUGCCCCUGGAUUUCCUCAGUUGCCCAUUGAAGGUCACAAUUUAAAAUUUCACAUACAAUUUGAGCCUAACUACAAGCAACAAUGCCACUUAGAGAGCCUUAAAGUGUCAAGGGAGAUCUCUGCUGCUAUUGAGGCAGAAACACGACUGCAGUCAGAAUGCCAGCUGUGGACCCAGGUGCAUAAACCCCGACUUACAGCCAGCAGAUUUGGUGAGAUAUGUCAUGUCCGUGGAGAGUCAACUUCAAAAUCCUUAGCUGCUCGCAUUCUGAGAGGAACUCCUCAGACAGCAGCUAUGAAAAGAGGGCUGGACCUGGAGCCUGACAUACUAAGGCAAUAUUCUGAUUUCUGUGAUGUCACUGUGACACAGUGUGGGGUCCUCAUCCACCCUGAUGCACCUCACCUUGCAGCCAGCCCUGAUGCCAAAGUUUUCAACCCCAGAGAAACACCACCAUUUGGGUUGGCAGAGGUUAAGAGUUGUGAUGUUGAAGAUGUUGCUCAAGUUAAACACCUGAUUACAGUUCGAGGCCAGGCUUGCCUUAAGAAAAGACACAAAUAUUACUAUCAGGUUCAAGGCCAGCUGGCCAUAAGCGGACUUCAGUGGUGUGAUUUUAUAACAGAUACCCACACUGACUUCACAGUUGAAAGAAUAUUUAGGGAUGAGGAGAUCAUCAACUCAAUGCGACAGAAGCUGGAUUAUUUUUAUCACAACAUCUACAUGGAUGUAUUAUUACAUUAAGGCAGAAUUUUCAAAUGUAAAUAUUUCUAUGAACAUCUGAUGCAUGUAAUUCCUGUUGUAAAUACUUUUUCAAUUUACAACUUAAGUCAGUGUUGCAUUGUAUGUAAAUAUCCUUUGUCUUAUCGAGCAGUGGUCGCUCUUCAACCAGUUUUCAACCUUGUUUGUAGCUUUGAGCUGCUAUGAAAGUUUUGUAUUAGUUUCCUUCAUCUCACAUAAAUGCUAUUACCAAAUAUGUAAAUAAAAAAAAUGGCAAGUUUUAAAGAUAUUCUUUCUUUAUUGGUUAAGAUGUAAAUUAAUUUUACUCUGGAUAAACUUUUUACAGAAUGCUUCACAACAUUGUUUAUUAAUAACCAUGAAAAUAUAGUAACCCCUAUGUUAAUACAAAGCAUAGAAAUUUAAAAAUAUAUUAAAAGCACUUGUAUUUACAGUAUAUCUACACAGUGUCAAACACCUAAAAGUAGAAGAAUUAAUUAAGAAUUAAUCUCACCCAAGAAAGGAAACACUUCAGACGGGUUUGUCCCCUUUGAUAUCAAAGAGGUCCCUGAUAGUUUGAGAGUAGAUGGCCCACAACUGAUUGACUGAACCUACCAUAGAAAGAGGAACAAGCCCAUCCCAAAUGUGGUACUCCUUCACCCUGCGUAUCGCCCUCUCAACUAAAAUUCUCAAGCGGGCAAUAGCCUGGGUCUUCAAUGUGUCCUCUGUGCUGAGCUGAUUUUAUUUUUUCAGUGGAGGGAUGAUGAGUGUUGCCCCCACCUGUGACAGCAUCUUCUCAAUCUGGAACCAGUGUUGCCAACUUAGCAAUUUUGUUGCUAGAUUUAGCAACUUUUCAGACUACCCUAGCAACUUUUUUUUCAAAAAGCACCUAGCAACAAAUUUAGCAAUUUUUUAAAAAGAUUUGGCAACUUUUAGCAACUUUUGGAAAGUGACUCUAAUCCAAACAACACACG